GUCCGUGAACGCAACAUGGAACAUCGCGAGAGUUUGAACUGGAGCGAGAUUUCAGACCGCUUAAGGAGGACUGGGAAGCGGAUCUUGUUUGUUUUCGUGGAGAAAAUGGGUUCCGGCUCUGCGUUCAGCUUCACCUGCGGACUCUUCGUCCUGCUGGGCUCCGGGCUCGCGCCGCGCGCGGCCUCGGACGUGUUCGAGAGCGUGCUGGGCAGCACGGCGUCCUGCCGCGGCUCCUGUGAGAUGACCUACAGUCUGCACACAUAUCCGCGGGAGGAAGAGCUGUACGCCUGCCGGAGGGGCUGCCGCCUCUUCUCCAUCUGCCAGUUCGUUCGUGACGGCGGGGAUCUGAACCGGACCAAGUCCGAAUGUGAAGCCACCUGCCAGGAGGCCUACAGCCAGUCCGAAGAGCAGUUCGCCUGCAGCCUGGGCUGCCAGAACCAGCUGCCGUUUGCGGAGCAGAGGCACGAGCAGCUGGAGAUCAUGGUGCCCAGGAUCCACCUCCUCUACCCGCUCACGCUGGUCAGAGGCUUCUGGGAUGACGUCAUGAGCCAGGCCCAGAGCCUCAUCACCUCCACCUGGACCUUCUACCUGCAGGCCGAUGAUGGAAAGGUGGUGAUUUUCCAGGCUGAACCUCAGGUGAAGGUUUUCCCCUGGGUCGACCCGGACGGCCGAGCUGAGGAGGACCUGCAGCAGAGCUCUCCUGGACUCGGCAGACCCGUCUACAGAGACUAUGACCGCACGCUGAUCCAGGAGCGCGACAGAGACGUGCGCGGCGUCCAGAGCUUCUAUGACGAAUACAACCUCUUCAGCUGCCUCUCCAGGAACCCCUGGCUACCAGGAUGGAUCUUAACCACCACCCUGAUCCUGUCGGUGAUGGUUCUGGUCUGGAUCUGCUGUGCUACCGUGGCAACCGCUGUGGACCAGUAUGUUCCUUCAGAGAAACUGAGCAUCUAUGGAGACAGCGAGCACCUGCCAGAGAAGAAGCUGACCCCUUACCCAGCAUCCUCUCUGCUCAUCGUCACCUCCAAAGGGCUGGACGAAGAGGCCGGACCCCUCCCUCACAAGGUGGACCUGAACCGGUCCAACAUCUAGUUGCUGAAGCAGCGCUGCAGAGGUUGAUGUGGUUCCCCCCGCCGGCAGUGCUGGUGGUUUCUACCGGCGGCCGCGGCUCCUCCAUUCGACCUUCAGGGAAACGUUUUUAUACGAUUGAGGCAUUAUGAUACGGUGGCGGAUGUAAGGACAGUUUGUCCUCUUUGCUAGCUCCCUGCUGUUUUAUUUUUGUUAAAGUUGAAUUCUGACAUGCCCCGCCCCUCACAAAAGAUCUGCUCGUUGACGGUACAGACUGAUCGCUCUCCGAAUGAGGAGUCAGAACAAACGAGAGUCUUAGUUCUGGUUUUAUUUCCUUAAACGUCUGUGAUUGUAAAGCAUUCCUGCAGCCUCGCUGCUGCCUUUGAUGUCUGCAGACGGUUUGGAUGAAUCCUUUGGUUGCAGUGAUUCCUGUUUUCUAUCCUCCUUCAGGAUCUUCUGCUUAUUACCUGCUAAAAUAAAGACUUCAAACUCA